AUGAGGUUCCUGGUCUGUGCGGUCUGUCUGCUGCUGCCCGGUGCCGCGGCGCAGUCCGAUGUGUGUGGGAUUGCGACCAAAAACAGCCGGAUUGUCGGAGGCCAGGCUGCACCUGAUGGAGCCUGGCCCUGGCAGGUCAGUAUCCACAGAGGAGGAGGUCACUACUGUGGAGGCUCCCUCAUCAACAACAUGUGGGUGCUGAGCGCGGCGCACUGCAUGAGUGGUGAUGCCAGUGAAUACUCUGUGUUCAUCGGGCGUCAAAGCCAAAAGGGCCCCAACCCCAACGAAGUGAGUCGCACCAUCACUCAGUUCAUCAACCACCCGGACUACAACGAGGCCACCGUCGAUAACGACAUGUCACUGCUCAAGCUGUCCUCCUCCGUCACCUUCACAGACUACAUAAAGCCUGUGUGCCUGGCGGCCUCCGGCAGUGCCUUCCACAGUGGCACAGACACCUGGAUCACAGGCUGGGGGAGCAUCAAUUCUGGAGUUCCUCUGCCGCCGCCACAGAACCUGAUGGAGGUGGAAGUGCCCAUCAUCGGGAACAGACAGUGCUUUUGUAACUACAACUCAAGAGACAUCCGUAUCACAGACAAUAUGCUGUGUGCGGGACUGAGCGAGGGAGGCAAGGACUCCUGCCAGGGGGAUUCUGGGGGUCCUCUGGUGAGAAAACAAAAUGGCCGCUGGAUCCAGGCUGGAGUGGUGAGCUUCGGAAUCGGUUGCGCUCUGCCUGAUUUACCUGGGGUCUAUGCCCGAGUGUCCCGCUAUGAGGCCUGGAUAAACAAUCACAUCACAGCCAACCAGCCCGGCUUCAUCGCCUUCAGCUCCUCUGGCACCGACAGCGAUCAGAGCGUCACCUGCCCUUCUCUUCCAUCAACUAACACCACUACUACACCACCCAACACCAUCGACAUUGCUGCAGUGUGUGGGAUGGCACCCAAAAACAGCCGGAUUGUCGGAGGCCAGGCUGCACCUGAUGGAGCCUGGCCCUGGCAGGUCAGUAUCCACAGAGGAGGAGGUCACUCCUGUGGAGGCUCCCUCAUCAACAACAUGUGGGUGCUGAGCGCGGCGCACUGCAUGAGUGGUGAUGCCAGUAAAUACUCUGUGUUCAUCGGGCGUCAAAGCCAAGAGGGCCCCAACCCCAACGAAGUGAGUCGCACCAUCACUCAGUUCAUCAACCACCCGGACUACAACGAGGCCACCCAAGAUAACGACAUGUCACUGCUCAAGCUGUCCUCCUCCGUCACCUUCACAGACUACAUAAAGCCUGUGUGCCUGGCGGCCUCCGGCAGUGCCCUCCACAGUGGCACAGACACCUGGAUCACAGGCUGGGGGGACAUCAAUUCUGGAGUUCCUCUGCCGCCGCCACAGAACCUGAUGGAGGUGGAAGUGCCCAUCAUCGGGAACAGACAGUGCUUUUGUAACUACAACUCAACCAUCCGUAUCACAGACAAUAUGCUGUGUGCGGGACUGAGCGAGGGAGGCAAGGACUCCUGCCAGAUGCCUUUGGACAAGAGCACUAAACAAGAGGAAGCAGUGGUCAGUCAAUUUCAAUAUUCUGCUCUUGACAGCAGUAACUUCUUUCAAGGACUUUACAUGUUUAUUCUAAAGCUGCGUUGA